CAACUUCGGACUUCUACGAUCGAAUUUUUAUUAUUAUAAUAUUAAUAACAGUAAAAAUAAAACAACACUCCGGGGUGGGUGGGCAACCGGAGUCGAUGCGAAAAUAAUGCAGAAUAAAACCACAAUACGAUUGUUCGCGGGGUUUGUCAAGAGUGUUAAAAGUGCAUUUAGGUAAACAAUCGCGGUGAUAAAGUGAGAUUGAGUCGUGUGGUCUAGUUAGUGUCUUUCUGUGAUAAGCUAAUGUGAAAUAAAUGUUGCAUCACAAAUUGGUGUUUCAGUGAUAUCAACCUCCUUUUUUGUGGCAUUCUCUUGUGUCACAGACGCCCAAUUCUGAAGGUAGCCCGUUGACAACCGGUAGUGAAGGUAGCCCGAACUCACCACCAACCAGCAAAAUGUAUCCUUUUGUAUCGAACCAUCCGACUACACACACUAGUUACUCGACGAUGCCCGGGUUUUCCGGUCUGGACGACAAGUCUUGCAGCAGUAGGUACACCGACAGUGUGAUGAAUAGUUAUCCGCCCAUGGGUGUCCCUGGCAGUGCCAGCAUUGCACAGUUUUAUCAGCAAGCAGCAGCUGUUUCAGCCGCAUCCGCCGGGGUCGGUGUUGACUCGUUGGGAUCCGCCUGUUCGCAGCUUUCUUCUUCCGUCGGCGGUGGACAGACUGGACUACCGGAUAUUACAAGGCAUCCGUGGCUAGUGACUGCAUCGCAAUCAGCUCUGCAGAAAUUUGCCAGCACAGAUUGGAUGAGCAAUCCCUUCGAUCGCGUGGUGUGUGGUGAUUUUGCUGGUCCGAAUGGAUGUCCUCGUCGGCGUGGACGCCAAACAUACACGCGCUUUCAGACGCUUGAGCUCGAAAAGGAAUUUCAUUUCAACCACUAUCUAACCCGGCGACGUAGAAUAGAAAUCGCUCACGCACUGUGCCUCACCGAGCGGCAGAUCAAAAUCUGGUUCCAGAAUCGCCGGAUGAAGUUGAAAAAGGAACUGCGUGCGGUCAAGGAGAUAAAUGAGCAGGCUCGUCGCGAGCGCGAAGAACAAGACAAGAUGAAGAACGAAUCACUAAAGUCCGCCCAGCAUCACAGCCAAAAGCAGAGCCAACAAGAGCAUGCCAUCGUUGGCUCGCAACAGUCAAGUAAUGGCACGGGAGCUGGUGGCGGUGGUAGUGGUGCAGGCAAUGGUGGGGGCACUGGAAGUCUAGGGAGCCAUUUACACCACCCUUCGAUCGUCGCGCAAAACGAUCUCAAGCUUGGAUUGGGCGGCAUGGGCGUCGGCGUGGGAGGGAAUCUCAGUAUGAUGGGAGGUCUGGAUAAUAAAACGAAUCAAGACAUCCUGAAAGCACGCAAACAUGAGUAUUAGAAGAUAAUUUGUUUUAUCUUAAUAAAUUGAGCAACACAUGAGCACAAAGGCGCACUCCCAUCACUACUUUACUUUGCUCGGUUGGAGCUACAAUGACGAUACUCAUCUCUACUGCCGCCGUUCCCGGACAUCAUUUGGCGAAGAAACCUCGUACGAUUGUCAUCCCAUUGAAACUGCAAACAUCUUCAUACUCGGAAGCGAUACUAUUUACUGAUUGAGGAAACUCAAUCGGUAUCAUCAACGGCCACUGAUUCAGUUGUCACGAGCAGAAAAAAGAAGCUGGCAAAAAAGGCAAUAGCUAAAAGUUUUUGUUUUAUUUGAAAAUGUAAUACAUCGUUAUCUUUUGUUACUAUUUUGUUACUGAAGUUCAACUUAGAACGAUAAAAAAUAACUUUCGGGCGAGCAUGAAGGAGCGGAACUGAAAAACAAGAGGGGAAUAAUGGUAAACGUUGACAUACAUACGCUCGUGUUAGUGCAAAUCAUACUGUGAAGCUCAGAUAGUUUGAUGCAAACUGAAUAGUAAACCAAACAUCCCACACGCGAGGUGUUAGCAAAACGUGAAAAAUAUGAACAAAAUACAAUGCACACAACCAGAGAAAUACGUAACUCCAUGAUAGUGACAUGUUCUUACAGGUUAAAUAACGUAAAAAUUAAAAACAAAAUAACAGGACGUAAUUAGAAAGCAAAAAGUAUGAAAACGAGAAAAAUUAUAACAAAUAUACGUACUAGCUUAUAAGGAUCUAACAACUAGAGAACUUUAUAUACAUAUUUUUCCUCUCGUCUCAGCUUUGAGAAGAUGAAUUAUUGUAUUAUUGAGCAAUCAGAUCGUUUCCUUCUGUCACGUUGUACCCAGUGUUCUUUCCCGUUUUUAAGUUUCAUACUUGGUUUUAUAAAUACACACCUAUUAUAGUAUUUUAGAUAUUACAAUAAUGUAUCCCACUAAGCGAAAAAGCAACCGUAAAACUAAAUCUUUUAUGUAUUAACAAUUUCUAAAUAGUGCUACAAUUAAUUCAUGUAAGAGUGAUCAGUCCUUUCAUUUCGAGAGGGCCAUUAAGGCGCGUAACUGCGGAAUUAUUCAUCUGCAAAAACUUCACCAGUGAGUCCACAUUUCUGAUUGAAUUGUUUAUUUAAAUUGAACGUACUCAAACUAAUCAUUAUUGUUUAAUUCGUUAAGAAACUUUUCCAUUAUAUUGUCUAUUUUAGCAUCCCGUCCUUCAUUUUGGCUCAGAUUUAUAUUUAAGUCUUAUUAGUUAGGUCAAUGAACUUAUUUUGAAAUAAUUAGUAGCAAUAAGUGUAGUCCAGCAAAAGAAAUAUAGCCAUCAAGAAGUCACAAAAACGUACGUAAUCAAUGCUGGUUAAUGAUAUCGAGCAAAACGAUAUCACGCUCGAUCGAUUGUUCUUCACAUACGUAAUUAAAACUGUAAAGAUUUAAUAAUAGAUUAGAAUAUAAAAGCUACAUUACUUCAUCUGUAACUAAAUCCCAUAUUCUGUGAAAACUUGCCUGAAUGUUUCCAAAGUACUGCUAUGACGCACUUUGAAACGAAAACAACCUUGAUUUACACUGUGGACUUAACUUUUCUUUUCUCAUAGGGCCAACAUCAUCAUCAUCGCCAUCCCAUCAAACAUGAACUCCAACAUGCUAAAAAAAUGCUGAAACAGUUUCACUCAAUGGCGGGCAUUUCUUGACUGGGAUACAUUUUGAUUAAAGCAUAAGUAAAAGCAAAUCUGUCCAGUUGUAAGUGUGAGCAACAGUUAUAAAUAUAUUACACAUACCUAUUAAUAGAUUUAUUGUAAUUACUGAUUAUUGUACCAACAAAAACCUAAUGGAAAUUAUAAUAUUGCGGUGGUUCAAAGGGACAUACGACCGAAAAUAAAUGACAUCCACUCGACUGAGGAUGAUACCACCCCUAAAGCCAAAACAUGUUUUCACAUCUACAUUCUGUGACUUUCAUGUAAAUUUUAUAAGAAAGUAAAAUUUAAUUCAUCGCAACACUUCAACAACAUAUCUAAUUCAGUUUCAUUGUUAUUUGUUAAACAUCUCUCUGUUUUGUUCAUUAAUUUCGGUGUUUACGACAUAUUUAAUUGUUUGGCUGCUGAUUCUUUGUAACGGAAUAUAAUAGUUUUUGGCGAGCAUCGGGCGCAUUUUGAAUGGAUGUUUUAAGUAAUUCUAAGUCAAACGCUCGAUCAUUUUUUCAUUAUGCAACAUUUAUUGAAACUUUGUUUCAAACAUUAACUAUAGAGGUCUGUAUGAAAUACGGAAUCGGGGGUUAAAGCCACUGAUUGCUCAUUGGAUGCAUUUCAAACCAAUUAAACUAGGUGUAGCAUGGAAAAUCUUAACUUGUACAUAGUUGCUUUUAAAUAACUUUUAAUUAGUAAGCUCAUAACAUUAAUCGUGAAUGGGAAAUAAC